GCUCCGCCGCGCCGCCGCCGCCACCACCGACCGUCGUUCCCCGCCGCUUCCCCUGCAUCAUCUCCUAGAUGGCUACCAGUGCAGCCAGGAGGAUGACCACCUGUCUUAUGGGGAAACGGGGAUGCCGGUCCCUCCUUUCGGCUGCACCUUUUCUACAGCACCGAAUUGGGAGCAUGUACUAGCAGUUGCAAAUGAAGAAGGAUUUGUUAGACUCUAUGAUACUGAAGCUCAAGCUACCAGGAAACUCGUCUUUAAAGAAUGGCAGGCUCACUCAAAUGCUGUAUUUGACCUUGCCUGGGUACCAGGGGAACACAGGAUUGUCACUGCUUCAGGAGAUCAGACAGCCAAGGUGUGGGAUGUGAGAGCCGGCGAGCUUCUUGGCAUAUGCAAAGGUCACCAGUGUAGCCUCAAGUCAGUUGCUUUUUCUAGAUUUGAGAAAGCUGUCUUCUGUACUGGAGGCAGAGAUGGAAACAUCAUGGUUUGGGAUACCAGAUGCAACAAGAAAGAUGGAUUUUACAGGCAGGUGAAACAAAUCAGUGGUGCACACAACAUGGCUGACAAGCAGACUCCUUCCAAACCUAAGAAGAAGAGGCAGAACUUAAAAGGACUUGCUCCCUUGGUGGAUUUCCAGCAGAGUGUAACUGUGGUGCUGCUUCAGGACGAGCACACUCUUAUCUCUGCAGGAGCUGUUGAUGGUGUGAUCAAAGUAUGGGACUUGCGUAAGAACUACGCUGCUUACCGUCAGGAGCCGGUGCCCUGCAAGUCUUUUUGCUACCCUGGAACCAGUACUCGCAAACUUGGAUAUUCUAGCCUAGUUUUGGAUUCCACUGGUACUAAUCUGUUUGCUAACUGCACUGAUGACAGUAUCUACAUGUUCAAUAUGACAAGUUUAAAGACCACUCCAGUGGCUGUUUUCAGUGGGCACCAAAAUUCAACCUUCUACAUCAAAUCCAGCACCAGCCCAGACGACCAGUUCCUGGUCAGUGGUUCAAGUGACUGCAACGCAUACAUCUGGAAGGUUUCUGAGCCCAGCCUUCCUCCAUGGAUACUCCUCGGUCACUCUCAAGAAGUUACCUCCAUUGCUUGGUGUCCUUCAGACUACACUAAGAUUGCCACGUGCUCUGAUGACAACACUGUGAGGAUUUGGCGCUUACGACGUCUUCGUGAGGAGGAGAAAUCAGCAUCCAGAAAAAUCAAUUUGGUGGGCUGGGUCACUCAGAAAAAAACAGAAGAACAGCAUGGAGCAGGACAGCCAACCAGCCCACAGAAUACUCCUGCCAAGGCCUUCACAGUGGGCAGUGCAUGUAUUUCCUCACCACGUCCAGCUGCCUGUGCUCCCAUUUAUUCUGGAGACCUUCCGCUGUCAACAAACACUCCGACGGCUGCUCUCAAAUCCCAGACGGCCACAGCUUCCACUCCAGCCAAGCAGACUGAAGCCAGCCCAUGUGCGUCUCCCAAAGUGAUCCCUUCCUCCAAAAUGUCCAUUAAACGCUGGGUUACAAGGACUCCGUGCUCUUCUCCUCCAGAAGUGGGGAAAAAGGCUCCUUCUCCUAGAAAAGCCCUGGCAGAAGUCACCCAAGGUCUCCUGGAAGCUGCCUGCCCUCCUAAAGCACCACACACGCAGUUCGAAAAGCGUGCCAAGAGAAGGCUUGACUGCAGCAAGGAGGAUGAUGUGGGGCACAAGUGUCUGCAGGCCUGUAGCUGUGUGACUGAACUGGACCAUGCAGCUAAGAAAUCCAAACUGAAUUUAUGUCACUUCAUUGCAGACCAAAAAGCUUGUGAUGAAGACUGUCUCAGCCAGGCUGACUUGGGUAAUGACUGCGAAGGCUCCAGCCACAGCCCAAAAGAACCUUCCUUUUCUGGAAGCUGUAUUAAUCCAUCAGGUGUUCAAACUUCCCUCCAUCUUUUCAGAUCCCCGUGUGGGAAAGGCACUGAGGUAGUAGAUAAAGAGAAUAGUUCUCCUGAAAGAAGAAAUUGGCUGUCUGCUCUGGGAGAGAAGCUACGAAUUGGCAGACCUGGCAGCCAGAGCAUGUCAGACAGCUCCCCGUCAUCUUGCAGUCCUGUUGCCAAAAGACAAGAGUCUGUGGCAGUGGCCACUUCACCGAAAACUGCUGCAACCACUUCAGUUUCCAUGAGGAAGAUCUGCACAUACUUCCACAGAAAGCCACAGAAUGAAGGAGCAUGUGGCGGUUGCACCUGAUGGAUGUUGACACUGAGGUAUCAAGACCAGACUUAACAACGCCAAAAACGAUGCACUGGGAUUACACAAUUUGUUGUCAGACAUUCAUAGACUUGAAGUUUUAGUCUUCCUGUUUUUAAAACUGUUAACAGUUGAAGUCAGCUGAAUGUGUAAAAUGUACACAAUACUUACUAAUGGUCUCUUACUGACUUCAGAUAUGUAAUUUUUUAAUAAACAGUGUUUUUUACAUGGCAACUGUUAUAGUCCAAAGACAGUAACAGCUCUGCUGUUUAUUGUUGACAGGCACAUAUAGCUUGGCAGUUUGUUACUAAUCUACUGUUGAAAUUGCCUAUACUUAAGAAUAGCGUGUAAAUCAUUACACCCUCCUGAAAAGUAAGUGUUGAAAUGUAUGUAGGGAAACUUACUGGCAGUAGAUCUGAGCGUUUUCAUGCUGAAUGGCAUUUCUAGUUAUUCCUCUAGUACUGCAAUGACUGCCUGCUUCCAGCAGGGAUAUUAGGAAUGUGUUAGUUAAAUCUAAAAGACUUUAAACACCCCAUGUCCAUCUGAUGGUGUCUGUAGUCUAAGAAGAGACAAAGUAUAAUCAAGUAUGUAAUGCCUGUACUCGCCUUGCUAUCCCCUUUCUUCUCCCACUCUGGAAACUACUGUAUUUACCUACUUAGCUUCCUCUUGAACCAUUAGCACUACAGCUCUUGAUACCAAUAGUUUAUCUGAAAUAAGAUACUGGCAAGAUGUGUUAGAAAAAUUAGCUUGAUGUAUCCUAACUAGACAUCCCAUAACAGCCCAUUGCUCAGUCAGCUCUUACAGAUUCAAACUGUAGCAAAGGCAUUGUAACUGCUUAUAACAUAACUUCAUAACAGUUGCAUAAUACAGUAGUUAUAAAAUAAUGCUUUGUAAAUUGGGGAGGGGCAAUUGACAUUUUAGAAAGCACUUGAGAGAGUUUACAUAUUAAUAUUAAAUGCUUUACCAUUGUAAGUCAUCCCUGAUGCUGAAAUGAGAUCACUGUCCUGCUGGUUAAUGACACUUAACUCCUCAGCCAUGCUUUUCCCAAGGGUAGCUGGUAGAAGAUCCUUAGGUUGGAGCAUUUACUCUGUGUUCUGGUGUAAUAGUUCCUAUGAACUUCAAAACAAGGCAAAACCUCGGAAUCCCUAGUAAUUUUUUUUUACUGCAGAAGAAUUGGGGUAUUUCAAGGGAAUAUGAUCCAACUACCUUGUGUUUUCCACCUCAGAUUUUCAUGCCUACUUUACAGUAAUAUUAAAUAGUGUAGUAGCUGCAAGCGAUCAGGAGACAUGCUGGUUUGUGUUUUACGUUGUAGAUUGUAUUUUGCAAGGAAAUAAAUGACUUGAGAGCAAAUGGCUUUUGUGAAAGGUCUGUUACAGCUAGAAAGUGAAAGUAAAUGUGUAGUGGGCUUUUUUAAAAAAAAAAAAAAGUAGUUAUUAUCAAGUUACAUCUUUUGGCAGAAGCACUCAAGUACAAAUAGGGGCCAGAACAACUUUUCCUUGUUUACUGAAUAACAAGCCACCAUCUUGUGAAAGGUAAUGUAGUGCUUCAGGGAUUUUUUUUAUAGUUCUUGUAAAAAAAUGGAUUUUUAAAAAGUGAUUAUCUGAAUAUAUCUAGUAUCUUAGGCAAAACAAGAGUAUAAAAAAAUCCACUGGCUUAACUUUAACCUACUUCUGGAUGUUAAAGUAGAUGGAAGUAGUAGAAACAUAACCUAAAAUAAGUAGGUUUGGUAUUUAAUUCUGUCUUAAUUUUAAUUAUUAGGGCAGCUGUGUAGGGUACAACUUCCCUUGCCUAAACCAGGUUUUCAUGCAGGAUUCUUCCAUGCAGUUUGUAAAUAACAGAUUGCAGAAUAAAGAGAUGUGAACCCUAUUGAAGUACAUGAGAGUCAUCAGACACUACAACAAUAGGAUUUCAUGUUUCUCCAUUCUUUCAUAAUAUUUUCCUUCUCCAGAAAUGUUUUGCAGCCAAACCAUUAUCUCCUGUAUCUCAUAAAUAGCUGUCUAGAGAUGAUUUACACUAAUGGGUUACCACUUGCAUGAAUAAUAUUCUGUGGGUAUGUGAGAUUUUCUCCUUUCAAAUAGUACCUGUUUAGCGGAACAACUUGUUUUAUGGACCACCAGGCAUUUUUCUUUUUUCCUUUUAGGCUGAUGUCAGCCUGGUUGAGAGUCUAGCAGAAUUAACUGAAACAUGUUUUCUAUGUCCAGCUGCCUUGAUCUUAUUGUGAUAAAAUCAAAUUGCAAAAGCAUAGAAAAAUUGCUGAUACAAGUAUGCCAAGUGGUUCAAGGUAACCAGUACUGUCUUUAUCUGAGAAGCUUGAUUAACUAAGCAUUCAAGGAACUGAGUUCUUGUUUUGAGUCAGCAAGCUAUACCUCUUAAUUUUUCUUUCCUUCUAAAGGAUUUACAGAAACUCUGACCUCCAUGUUUUAUAAUCAAAUUAAGCCUUUAAAGGUAUUAUUCUCAAAUCCUAUGUCUGUAUGUAAAUCCCACCGUUUUUAGGUUUUUCUAUGCAGAUGAUAGUGCUUUCUGUUGUUUUGUCUCUGUCCUCAGUGCUUACCCUCUGCUGAGUGGAAUUUAGGACUAACCACACCAGUUAAUGCUGGUGCUAUUUCCAACAGUCGUUAUUACUGCUUUGUUGGAAGUUAUGCCUCUCACUGCUCAGCUCUGAGCAGUCAGCCAGCUUAGUUCAAUAGCAGCUGGAGCAAACCUAGCUUGCACAACUGAAGAGGCAAUCCCAGGAUCUGUACAGAUGCACAACCAGCAAGCCUUGGUAAGCAUUUCUUCUGGUAACAGCACUGACUUAAGAGUCCCUUGAGGAAGCUAACCUCAAAAAAAACUCUUAAAUUUAAUUGCCUCAGUUCCCUGACUCAGCAGCUAAUUAUACUGAAGCCGUUGAGGGUACAGAAGUGAGAAUGUGUGGACAACUUUGCCACCAUGGGACUGUUCUGUCAGACUAUCUCUUGAUGUGUAGAGUUGGUCACUUCUUGUCGGUCAGAAAGUGCUUAAGUCUUCCUCUGGCACCGUUGUAUCUGCAGCCACUGAACGUGGCUGAAAUCUCCAGUAUGGACCAUCUUACCUUUGAGUGUCCACACCACCUUGUAAACUGCUUAACUACUGAGGUUACAGAAAAACACACUUUUGUGGCAUUGAAAAGUGUUCUAGUUGCUAUCUGUAUGUGGCAUAUAAUUUCUUAAGUUUUGUUUAGAAAUAGAUGCUUUUCAGCCGGGGAUUUGCCAAAAGCAUUUGGUAGCUGGGUAUUCAAGAGGUUCCUCGAGGUCAAAUAUUGAGUGUUUCGUCACCAAUACUUGUUUGGCAGUAAAUGGGAAAUAGCAUUCAUCUUCAGGUCCAUUACAAUCAAAUUUCAUUCUUUCCCUCCUGAAGCUGAUGUAAAGUUUUCCAAGUGAGUGGAAAUUAUCACUUUCUCUACACAGAAAAACAGAACCUUAAGGUUCACAGUUUUUCCUCUCUCUGAUUUAUGUAUGGCCCAGUCUACAAUAAAUAAAAUACAUCCUACUAC